AUGAUCAGUAAUUACAGCCGACAGUUUCGCGGAAGUGUGGCGAUAUAAGCGGAUUGAUCCGACUUCUCUCGCUGAAGGAAACGAACGGCUAGAAUAUUAGAAAUGUGCCUAACGGUGUGACGGUGUCGCCAAGGGGAGCAAUAAAGAGUGAUAAAGCGAUCUUAUCUCAGCAGCUAUUGUUUUGGAAUCGGUAAAAGGAGUAAAAUCAGAGGGAAACUUGAAAGCCCUGCCACGUCGGUCUUAAUUGUCAAUUUGCCGUCAUCAAAUCCUCCCGCGCACUAACGCCAACUGAGAAAGCGAAUGUGAACUACGUAGCCACUUUUCUGCACUGCUGUUUGCUCAAUGUGUAUUCGACAUAAAUUGUACAUACAUAGUCACGCGAUAUGUUUUCAAACAAACAAAUUACCACGUUCGUCUAUGACGCAAGAGAUUUUAACUUUGUCGUCAAUUCACGCGAGGAAAAUGAGUCUUCGUUUGACAUUAUCCUGCGGCGAACGUGGAAACAGGCUGAAGAGGUUAAAGCGUUCCGGUAUAUCUUAAAUAUAAGAGACAGUAAAAUAUUGAAGGGAAAAUAUAGAUUUCUGGUGCAGUUAAAUCCAGAUAGAACUCAGUGUAGACGUGCCCCGGAAUUAAUCACGUCUAUGUCACAACCUUUCAGUUCUGUACGUUUCAAUUUCACUAAACUGACGCAGCAAGAGAUACUGUUCGAUGUUGGAAAUGGCGACACAGUUGCAAUCAAUGCCAGCCCUUUGGAGCAGAAUCAUUGUUUACUUCUUACAGAACGUUCCAAGUGUUUGCCACAAGUUAUGACUGAGUACAGUCUUUGCAAAGUGAUAGAAUUAUGUCUAUUAAGUAAUUCAUGGUCUUUAAGGGCUUCUUUCAACAGUUUGUGCGCCAAUGCCUCUGUUAAUCAUCUACAUUGGCAUUUAUACUACUUGAAAUACGAGAUGCUUCUUGAGUAUAUCGAUAUUUGCGGCUAUACUUCUGGUGUACACUUGCUGGUAGAUUAUCCAGCAAAAGGAUUCUGUCUCAAAUUAUCUGAUUUUAAAGAUAUCAAAGAUUUCGUGGCCCGCGCAUUCCUUGUAGUGAACCAUUUACAGUUGCGUCAAAUGGCACAUAAUGUAUUUGUUACACGAGCGAAAUCAAAGUCUAACGAUGAAUUGUACAAUGAUGUACGUAUUUAUAUUUGGGUUAGAAAGCCAUUAAUAAUUGGCAUGAAAAACAUGCCUACAUUUCUGCCUGCAUCUUGCGAAUUCUUUGGACAUUUAACAGUUAAAGAUGAAAAUAUAUACAAUAAUCUAACAGAAGAUGAUGUAGUUAAUGUUCUUUAUGAUAUUACGGAAGAAUGUUUUGUAUCAAUAAAAGAUGAACUUAGAAAUGUUUUGGAAAAAUAAAAAUAUUAAACAUUUUA